AUGAGUACAGAACCAGAAGUCAAAGACGCGAAGCCCGAGAAGAGUGCUGGAAACGAGUCUGGAGACGAAUAUCUCUCGCAGGACGAAGAAGUGUUUGAUGGCAAUGAUAUCGAGGACAAUGAAACGCGAGUGUACGAAGAGUCUCUGGACUUAGACAUCUCUACCAGCGCGCGGCAGGUCUGGUUAGUACGUCUGCCGAAGUUUCUGGCGGAAAAGUGGCGUCACAAGUCUAACUUGAACGGCCAGGAAUUGGGCAAAAUACGCAUUAAUAAAGAUAGUCAGACGAUCCAAAUGUUUCUGAAAGAAACUGAAGACAAUCAAGAGAUUCCUCACCAGUACGAUUUGGAGUUGACCAAGAAGUUGGUGGAAAACGAAUAUGUGUUCACGGAGCAAAACCUUAAAAAAUAUCAGCAGCGUGAGCGAGAGCUCGCAGCAGACCCAGAAAAACAGAAACAGGCUUUCAUGCGGCGACAGGAACGUGAAGAAGAAAUGAAGAAGAAACAACAGCUGCUCAAACGGCGUAACAAUAAAAGGCGGUUUCAAAAUCGAGUGAUGACAGACCGCGACGGACGCGACAGGUACAUCCCCUAUGUCAAAACCAUCCCUAAGAAAACUUCGAUUGCCGGUACGGUAUGCCAUGAAUGCCAUGUUAUUCCGUCGAUGGCUGACCCACACUACCACAAGAUCGUUGAACAACGUCGUGACAUCGUUCGUAACGUGCACAAACCAACGGUCACAGUUCUGGACCAGACGCCCGGUGUGACCAUGAGUCACGCCGGUAUGUCGAUGCGCUCAGAUAAUUCCAAUUUCUUGAAAGUUGGGCGUGAAAAAGCCAAGAACAACGCACGCGCCAUUCGUAUGCCCAAGAAGGAGCUACUGGACUUUUUGUUCAAGCUGUUCGAUGAAUAUGACUACUGGUCGCUGAAGGGGCUCAAGGAGCGUACCAAACAGCCUGAAGUUUACUUGAAGGAGUGUUUGGACCAGGUAGCCAUUUUAGUCAAGAAAGGUCCUUACGCGCUGAAAUAUACACUUAAAAACGAGUACAAGCGACUCAAAGAAGCUGAGAGAGCCGCUCGAUUGGGCGAGUUGGCUAAAGACGAUGAAAACGGCAGCAAUGAUGACGAAAAUGGAGACGGUGGGAACAAUAACGAUGAUAACGAUAAUGGUGAUCCAGAUGGCGAAGAUGAGAUCGAAAUGGAGGACAUUUUGUAA